AUGUUUUUCAGGGCCACCGGCAGCGUGCUCGGGGGUCUCACGCAUCCGGGCACACGCAUUCCGGAACCGGAAGGGACUGACAGGGAACGCCUGGUGCGCGCCUUCACAAAACAGCUCCUGGCCGCCCUCAACCACAUGCACGCACAGGGACUGGCGCAUUUGGAUCUUCGCCCCGAAUCGAUUCUACUUCAAGACGACAAGCUGAUUCUGGCCGAUUUUGGGUCUAGCAGAAAACUCGACCGGUCCGGUGUCAUCCGAGAGUCGAUCCGUGGCAGCCCAGAAUUCGUCUCGCCCGAGGUCGUCAAUGGGCAUCCGCUUUCGUUGGCCACUGACGUCUGGAGCGUCGGGACGCUGACGUAUAUACUACUUACUGGCGUCUCCCCAUUCCACGGCGACAAUGACGCCGAGACGCUACGCAACGUGUCGAAAGGAUUGUUCCGUACCGACACGGAGGCUUGGAAUGGCUUCUCGGACGAGGCCAAAGAUUUUGUGCAUCGACUGCUGAAUUUUGAGCCUAGAAGCCGUCCCUCCGUGACAGAAGCGAUAAAUCAUCGUUGGCUGAGUGGCGGAGAGCAUCUACCACCGUUGGCUGCCGAUUGUUUGCGCGAAUUCAGAUACAAACACAAAUGGCUGGAGCGCCGGGUAUUUGUGCAGCAGACGCCGACCGAUCAACAUUUCGAACGAGUACAGGUCGAAGAACUGAGCCAACAGGUGCCCCCCGGCGCCCUGAUGGGAGAGCGGAAACGUCUGCAGCCCCAACAACAAGGAGAAGCACCGGCCAGCCAGCAUCUUGCCGCAAAUCCGCCGUUUCCGCAAGAAGCCGGCGCGCAACCGCAGGUGCCCCUUCGCAUGAUCCGUGGCGAACAUCGGCCAAUCGAAGAAGAGAUCGCGAAUCGUAUCCUAUCUGACAUCUCCGAGGAGGGCUCGCUGGCCGGCUCGCUGGCCUCGCUUGAGGAGCUUGAACCAUUUUUGUACCGCUAUCAACCUUGCGGUCUUAUCAAUCGAUCCGGCUCGUCGACUCCACGGCUUGAAGAAUUCCCGGAACAUCUGAGCGACGAAGAGGACCUGAGCAGCAGCCCUACAGUAUCCCCGAAUACCGUCAAGGAAAGCGAGGUCUACACGCCGGCCGGGCCGCUUUCCCCACCGGCCAUCCUCUCACCUGUACUCUCUGAGAAAGAGGAGCCAAUUCCGGAGGAGCCUCUACCCCGUGAAGCGACCCGUGAGCCCUCGUCCGGCGAGUCAAAAGCCCAGAAAAGCGAGGACGAGGAUACGGUGAUCUCGCAGAAGACUCCGAUACCAUCCACCGAACAGAAGACUACCGCGGAACAGCCAAAACCUGUCGAGACCCGGCCUCCACAUCAGGAAUUUAACAACAACCUGUCGGCUGUAAAUAUGGAGGCGCCAGUGAAGCACGUCAACGUGCCGGAUCACACCCCAGUAGAAGAACUGCGUCAGUUCCAGUCUGAGAUCCUCCGCGAAAUCGAUGCCGACCCGAAGAUUGCCGUCGGGGUGCCGAUUUUUAUCGAGCCGCUCGAGCGCCAUCACCCCUUCCUGAUCUCGCCGUCAUUGCAGGUGGAGAUCCCGCUCGCCAACACUCUGUCGCCGGUAUCCCCUGGAUCCAGAAAAAAGAAAAAAGCCGGAGCCGGCGGUACGGGCACGAAAUCGGUGGUUGUCUCGCCCGGCAAGGAACAUUCUAUGGAGGUUCUCAUCGCCACUAAGCGCGGUAAACCCGAAUUUAUUGCCCCUGGUGAAGAAGUGCCCGAGCUGGAUGAUGAGGAGCGGAAGAACAGGGAGAAGGAAAGUCUGGCCAAACCGAAGACCCACUCGAAGGAUGAGGACUUUGAGGAUAAGCAGCCCGAGUUGGACAAGGUCAAGAGGAAUGUCGCGAUGCAGAAGAAGCUGAUGAACGACUUGGACAAGUACCGCGUCGGCAACUUCUACAAGGAAGACGAUGGGUUCCGGAUGGUUGAAGAAGACAUUGAUGCUUCACCCUGGGACAGCCAUUAUCAAAUCGGUCCCGAUACCUAUUUAAUGGCCAGCCGGGGGGCCGCCUUCAAUUCGAGGGUCAGGGAUUAUAGAAGAGAACUCUGGGGUGAUGGAGCGGCACUCGUUCGACAGGGGUAUCUGGGCGUUCGGAAUCGUGAUAUUACAGUGCGGGAGAGGAGACGCUACACCGACAUUCUUCGCGAGACCCAGCUGAACCUCGAUGCAAAGUCCACCGAUGCCAAGGACCCGAAAAAAUUGAGGGAGACGACGUUGAGUCGUAUUCGCGUGGAUUUGGAGAAGGGAGAAGCAAAAGCGGCCCAGCCUGGAGCACCAAUUUUCGCUCGGCGUCUCCGUGAUGCAUAUUUAAAUCAAAAAGCGCCGUCGGCAGUCUUUGAAUGUCAGAUCAUCUCCAGUUCCCCCUCCGAAGUCACCUGGACCAAGCACGGCCACGUCAUCCACGAGGACGGAAAGCACAAGCUGCAUCAGGAGGGCGAUCGCUACAUCCUCACCAUCCUCCAGCCGAGCCCCAUCGAUCUCGGCGAGUACGCCUGCCACGCCAAGAAUGAACAUGGCGCCGACCAGGCUCAUGCUCGCCUAAUCAGCGGAGAAGCCCCCUCCCGCCCAGGUCGGCCCAUGCCGGAACUGUCUUCGGAUACGGAGCUCUUCCUCACAUUUGACCCGCCAGAGGGACCAACAUAUCUGGAGGGAAUCGAGUAUAAAGUGGAAUGUCGGAUUGCAGGCCCCGAUGACUACGGCUCACCCUGGAUUGUCGUCGGCGAAAAAGUGGAGGAUGAAGCGGUUGUCAUCCGGAAUCUCGAGCCGCUCACCUGCUACCAGUUCCGUGUUUUCGCGCGCAACGGAUUCGGUUGGGGCGAGCCGUCGCUGCACUCACGAAUUGUCCGAACGCAUCCGAGGGGAUCCCCAAAGCUUCAAAUGGACGAGAUCAGCCAGGCCGCCCGUUUCGACAUUCUGAAUUUCCCCGUCGGCAAGCGGCUAACCAAGAAGCGCACCAAGCACCACCACCCCUACGACGGGCUCUACAGUAAUCUGCCAAGCCAGCCAAAGUCGCUCGAAGGAAUUUCCGAAGAAUCGGAAGAAACGGAAGAAGACAGCACCCACUCGGCUGGACACAGUAAUCAUUCCCAGGGUACCGUCGAAGCUCAACAAGGCGAUCUGGGCGAUCGGUUUGAGCUCGGCUCGAUCAUCUUCUCAUCCCGCUCGGCCAUCGUCCGAAAUGCCAAGGAGCGAAACUCCGAGCAGAAGCUUGUCGUCAAGUUCAGACACGGUGAGGCGGGACGGCGCGAGUUCGAGGCGUUGCGUGCGGGACAGCACGAGAAUGUGCAGAAGAUUGUGGCAGCAUCUACCAGCGGCGAAUUCACCGGAAUCUACUUGGAGCGCCUGUACGAAGAUGUUUUUGCCCGUUUCUGCUCACACGACUACUACACGGAAGAACAGGUGGCCAUCGUGGCGCGUCAAGUGGCCGCGGCUCUGCACUGGCUUCAUUUUAAGGGCAUCAUCCACGGCGAGGUGACCCCGCACAACGUGAUGUUCGCCUCCAGAAGGGCGUGGGUCGCCAAGGUGACCGGGUUUUCGUCAGCGCGAAGCGCCGCCGAACGAGCGCCACCUCCGAAAGAGUUUGACGCCGUCUGGGCGCCGCCGGAAUACCAUAUGGAUGACGUGCCGGUGACGACGCAGGCCGAUCUCUGGGGUCUGGGCCUCAUCGCGUUCUGCUUGCUCGGCGGUUUCCACCCGUUCACCUCCGAAUUCGACGCGGCCGACGAGGUGAAGGAGAACGUGGUGACGCGGAAGUGCGACCCGAACCUCAUCCCGGUGCAGGCCAGCCAAGAAGCUCUCUCAUUCGUCACAUGGGCCCUCAAGAAGAGCCCGCUCCGCCGGAUGCGUACGGAGGAAGCCCUGACGCAUCGGUUCCUUUCGGCCGACCCAUCGGAGGUGCGGAAACGUGAGGCCACCCGCUACAGCUCGAAUCGGCUGCGGAAAACGGCGCUGCUCACAAAACAGCCGUUCGCCCCGCCCGACAGCAACGAGUUGCAACAAAAAUACGGAAAA